AUGGAUCAAAUGCCCCCUCCCUCAUCUCAAAUGCCCCCUCCAUCAUCUCAAAUGCCGCCACCGUCAUCCCAAUCUCACUUUGAGAAAUUCGAUAACUUCGUCCCCGACAGCAGCGCAUCUUUCGAGGACGAGUUUGCCCGCCUUGCAUCCUCCCAAGACUGGGCCAGCGGGACCUCCGAGUUUCAGAAGCAACGCACGAUUGCCCUGCGAUCCGAAUUGAAGCUACAUUACUUCUCCUCCCAAAACAUCGAGGAAGGACAGGAGGAUCUUGAAGAUGUCCCCCUCACCGAAGAGGCGAAGCUGGCUGGCUUCCAAGCCUUGUGUGAAGAAGUGGGCAUCCCCACACACGGCACGAUCGAAGAAUGCCAAAAGCACCUCAAGAAAACCCUCGUAAACAUCGUCGACUUAAUCGAUACCCGAAGAACGGGCAAGAAGGUGAAGGUCUGGACUGAUUUCGAAAAGUUUCGAAAAUACACACUCAAACGACCGAUUAAUCUAGAAGAGGCGAAGGAAGAUGGUGGCAUUUUGGCUUCUUUGCUACAACAUUUGAGAUUUCCAAGAGGGGAGCAUCGGAGACCUCGUAUACACAGAGGAAAUUCCUCCAGAGUAACUUCGGGGAGGGUGAUGAAAAAGGAGACACAGAAGAGUUCCAAAACAGGAGCAAUACAUCUACUGGUCAAAGAUGGAAAGUGA